AUGCCGCCCCCGCCGCCGCUCCACCUCCGUCCCUCCCUCCUCCCGCCCCACCCUAUCUCUCCUUCUCGCCGCUAUGCCUCCCGCUCACCAUCCGUCGCGUCCUACCCUCUUGCGGUACGCCCCCUCGCCCAACGCCACGGUGGGCGCCCGCGCCCCCUUUGCGCCGCGCGGGACGAGGCCGAGGCCGAGGCUGAGGGCUUCGCGUGGCCGGAUGGGUCCGAGGAGGAGCUGCGGCGGCUCCUGGAGCUGCUCCCUGGGGAGCUGAGGCGGCGGGUGGAGACCCACCCGGAGCUCCCGGCGCUUGUGGAGGUGGUCAUGGACCUCGGCCGACCCCCGCUCGCGCGCUUCCCGUCCGGAGACUUCCUCCUCUCCCACCGCCCCAUCUCCUUUGACGACCUCCGCCACGCCACCUCCCAGGUUGGGGACUUUGGAGCGGAUAAUCGUGCUGGAAUCAGCCGGACGCUGCACCGUAUCAGCGCCAUUCGGAACCGGAAGGGCGUCAUUGUAGGCCUCACUUGCCGUGUUGGGCGCGCAGUGCCCGGGAGCGCUAAUUUGCUUCAGGAUUUGGUUAAGGAUGGUGGCUCAUUGCUGCUCAUCGGCCCACCUGGGGUGGGGAAGACUACUGUCAUAAGAGAAAUUGCCCGUAUGUUAGCUGAUGACUAUAAGAAGCGGGUGAUGAUUGUCGACACAUCUAAUGAGAUUGGUGGGGAUGGUGAUAUUCCUCACCCUGGAAUAGGCAAUGCACGCAGGUUGCAAGUGCCUAACCAAGACAUGCAGCAUAAGGUACUGAUAGAAGCUGUGGAAAACCAUAUGCCUCAGGCAAUUGUUAUUGAUGAAAUUGGAACUAAACUAGAGGCCAUGGCUGCAAGCACCAUUGCACAGAGGGGCAUACAGCUUGUUGCAACUGCCCAUGGGGUAACGAUAGAGAAUCUGAUCAUGAACCCAUCACUAGAGAUGCUUGUGGGAGGAAUACAGAGUGUCACACUUGGUGAUGAAGAAGCUAACCGGAGAGGAGUUCAAAAAACUGUCCUAGAGCGCAAGGGCCCAUCAACAUUUACAUGUGCUGCAGAGAUCGUCUCGAAAAAAGAAUUACGUGUCCAUCGUAGUCUGGAAGCCACAGUAGAUGCUCUACUCGCAGGCAAGCUGCCUAAUGUUGAAAUUCGGAAGUUGGGUUCAAAGGGAUUGAUGCAGGAAGUUUCUGUGCAAAAGGAACAAUCACAUCUUGGUAUCUAUGAUGCAACUGAAUUUGAUGGUGACUCUCUAAGGAAUGCCAGAAGAAGCUUGGACUCUGCAUUUAAUCUUGACUCUGCUGAAGGGCAUAUAGAGAGGACAGAUGGAGCUGGUUCAAGCUUGAAUCUAUAUGCAUAUGGGAUCUCCGAGUCGACUGCCUUGCAAGCCAUUCAACAGCUGGAGUUGGAGGACAUUGUUACCUUAACUUACAAUAUCAGUGAAGCUGAUGCAGUGAUCGCGUUACAUUCAAAGCUCAAGAAGAAUUCUCAGAUUCAGGCUGUGGUGAAAUCCCAGGAUAUACCAGUUUUCUUCGUGAAGACAAACUCCCUGUCUCAAAUCACUCGGGCACUUCGUGCUCUUGUUGACAAUCACAUGGACGAGCUGAUAGACAUAGACUACGAUGAUAAAGAAGAAGCAAGAUCAUCAGAGGAGACUGAUGCUCUGGAGGAGGCAAGGCUGGCAAUCGAGCAAGUAGUGAUCCCGAAAGGCGAGAGCGUGCAGCUACUGCCCAGGCCAUCAAGCAUCAUCUCAUCCCAAGUGGAUCUCGUCGAAAGCUUCAGCCUCCAGUGGGAGGUCAUCGGCCAAGAGCCUAACGCGUACGUGAGGAUCCUUCCGCACUUCGCGCCAAAAGAAGCUGAAGCUACUAUCCAGAAAGAAACCCCAGCGGUGGGGCUCGCCGAUUCAGAGAGCUCCGAUGACUUGGAUCAUACCCAGAAUGGCAUCACGAGGCUACCUUUCCUACCCGAUUAG